AAAAAUUUGAUGGUUUCCGUUUUUUCUGCGCGAAAUUCAAAACUGAAAGUAUUUUGGACAUUUUCUAUUAUAAUGGAAUGAACAUAUAACUGAAAUGAAAUGUAUACGUAUUAACUCAAGUGUAUUUUAAGCUCGAAAUUCCAAUAUUUGUACAAAAUACAAUAUUAUUUUCCGAUUUACAUUUUGCCAUAUAUGGCCAUUUGCUUUCAAUGCCGUUUGACAAAUAGCUACUAUACUGUUGAAGAAAAGUUGCUUAUUGUAUUAUAUAGAGAAUGUUAGAUAUUAUUAAGCAAGAUGUCAGAAAAUCUCGAUAAAUGUUUGAGCUGCGAUAACUACUUUCUACCACCAAUUUAUCAAUGCCCUAGAGGACAUACUUUAUGCAGUCACUGUACCCAAGAUGCUCAAUACAUGAUUUCAACUAGUGAAUAUAAUUUGAGACAAGCUAAAUUAAAAUCCGUGACAAAAGUGAAGUUAUUUUGUGGAAGCUGUAUGAAUUUUUAUUUCAUCAAUGAAGAACUGAGAAAUGAAGAUAUUGAACGUUCAGUAGAAGCAGUGAAAUAUCCUUGUACUUUCAAGAAAGAUGGAUGCCAGUUUGAAGAUAUUUAUACCAAAAUAAAAACACACAAUGAGACAUGCUGUUUUAUGGUAAUUAGUUGUUUUUGGAAAAACUGUUAUUGGAUAGGCCCUCUUCGUGAUAUGAAGCUACACUUGAAAUUACACUCUGAGAUGAAUGUAGGUCAUAAUGAACCCUUUGUGAACAAUUCAUGCUACACAAUAUUUCAUGAGGAUAGUUUCUAUCUUUUGAAAAUUUUACUUACACAAAAAUAUGUUGAAUUUUUUGUUAUAUACCAUGGAGAACCCAACAAGUAUCUUUUUGAAAUUAACAUAGGGACUAAGUUUUCUAAUAGGUAUCCAAUUAAAUUGAGAAAGGUAAUACCACCCUUAAAGUCUCCAAAAAUUCAUGGGUUCAACUCUCAUAAUGCUGAAGUUUUUUUGGUUGACUUUGAAUUCGUAGAGCAAUUUAUUGCCGUAGAGAGAGAAAAAAUUUAUGAUGAAGUUCAGUAUAUGAUACAAAUUUCACCAAGAGAGGAACAAAAUUCUGAUUUUUAGUAAGUCUCUGCAGUGAGAAAACACUAACUUGAAUGGAAGUAAUGUUAUUUCAAAUCAAACUAGGUUUUUUUUUCAUCUAGUGCAAUUAUUUUCCAUUUGAAUAGUUCUUUCUUAUAUUUAAGAGAAAUAUUUUUAUAUUUUUUGUAUUUGGUGUGCUUAAUAUCUUCUUUUAUUUAUAUUAUAUAUUUCUAUUUUUUCAAAUAUUUUAUAUCCAACCAUUUUACAGUUGCAAUGUUAUUUUUGCAUCUCAUCAUAUAUUGUUAACUAUUUCCCAUUUGAAGAGCUAUUGCUUUUUAAUUUUUGAGAACUACUUAUAAUUUAUCUAUCUGGCGUGUUUGAACAAAUUAUACUUUAUGUGUUACAUAAUACAUUUAUAUUCUACAAAAUA